AUGGGUACAAUUAUGCGCGGGGAUCAGACGUUGAGGCUUAUUCAGCUAUAUUACAACAACUAUCCCGAGAUUGCAAGGAAUACGCAAGAUGCCGACGGUCGCCGAUUGCGUUCUCAAAUCUGGCAAGGAAUUGCGGAGGAAUUAAACGCGGCUUAUGAUACGAACUUCUCUGUGGAACAAUAUAAGAAGAAGAUCCAGAAUGUUCAAUGCACUUCACGACAAAAGAUUCAAACCGGGAAACGGUAGGUUAACAUGUUGAAAAAUAGUUUAUGUCAUAUUUCACUAAUUACAGUAAUCUCGGAGUUGCUGAAUUCGAAUAUCUCAGACUUUUUGAACAAGAACGACUGACUUGUAAUGGAUUCAACAUGGACGCGUACGACUCGUUGACAAGAAGUAGUUCCACUGAUCUAUCAUCAAAUGUGAAGGUCGAGCAGAUGUUGGAGCAAUUCGGAAUCACUUUAGAAACUUCACAUAACCUUGAGAAUGCUUGCGAACAAGGAUCCAAUUCCGAUUCUGAUUCCAACACAACAACGACUGCCCCUUCAACCCUACCAGAGAAUCCUCCAAGAAGUCCUCAGACUAAUAUUCUCGAUCCCAGGCAUCUAAUCUUCGCCUUGGGGCAACUGACGAAGGAAUGUAAGAUGAAUCCGGUUAACCCUAUCCAGAACAGUUCACACGGUAAAGUGGAGAGUCCAGAGAAAGAAGAGAGAGAUACUAUUAAACGAACGGCAGUCCCAGACGAAACUGAAGUCAAUCGAAUCAUGGCUGUCAAAAAACGGAAACUGAAUGGCCUGUUCAACAUUGAAGACAAGUGGAAAAAGGAGAUCGUUGAGGUAAACAAGGCCCCGUCUAUAGUAUGUGAUUAUCUAGGUUGUACGCCCGUUCUGUUUCGCAAUUAUGCAGCCAUGAAUCCCAAGGAAAAAAUACCAGUUUCUAAAAUUUUCAGAAUCAGCAACAAAUCCUUGAUGGUCAACAUCGAUUAAUCGACCAAAUUCACGCGUUCGUCAUUCAGCAAAGUCAGCACAACCACCUAAACCUUCUGUCACAAAAAGUAGAGAAACUCUGCACCGUUCUGGGAAACAUCAACGAGACUCUAACUUCGCUUUCAGCCCAUUCGACCGUUAAGAACAUUCAAAAUGUAUCGCGGCCUCAGGAAAUCGCACAGUCAGAUAUGUAA